CAUGCUGCAUUUUCAGUUCCCCCUGGCACUUACUAAUCUAUUCAGAGAAGAAUAUCGCAGGACGAAGUGCUUUAAGCAGUAGGAAGUUCAUUCCCGCCCCUCCUUCUCUAGAAACGAGAAAACUGCAUCAGAAGCGCAAAGUCAGGCCUGUCCGCUGUGGUAGAAACUGCAAUGACCUAUUGUUAUUAAAAGACGCAAUUGAGUAGCCUACGUUCAGGACAGAACUCUUUGGGCUGUCAUUAGUGUUCCCGCCGCUGCCACAGUUAAAGAAAAGGUGAUGUCACCGGGCGUAAGGUGUUGUGGGAGUUGUAGUUUCCGUGCUUAAUAGUGGGAACAUUGUUUAUGACAGUAGUACGAGGACCUGAACAGGCCGCCCUAGCUAUGGUGCUGUUAAACUGCUUCCUAAAUACUUGAACGAAAAGAACCAAUUUUACAUUCGUUUACAGUCGUCAUUGGUAUUGCUAAAAGAGAUUGCAGAAUGGAUGAGAAGGCUCGAAGUCUGUUGCUUCAGAAUCGAACAGCGCUGGUGAGGGACAUUCGCACAGCUUACAUCAUGGACCAUAUGAUAAGUGAUCAGGUCAUUACCCCAGAGGAGGAAGCUCGAGUAAAAGCUCAGCACACUCAGGUGGACAAAGCAAAUUUCCUCAUCAAUUUAAUUCUUGGAAAAGGCAAGCAGGCAUAUGUUUCUUUUUAUAAUGCUCUGCUUCAUGAGGGGUACAAAGACCUUGCUCUUCUUCUUAAAGAGGCUGCUAAUGCUGAGCAUUCUGACAGUACCAAGAGCUCAAGCAAUGGAAUUACUUCAUAUGUUCAAACCGUACUCUGUGAGGGAGCUGUACCUCAGAGACCAGUUGUGUUCGUCACACGGCCGAAGCUUGUCACUAAGAUACAACAGAGCCUGUACAAGUUGAAUGUGGAAUCUGGCUGGGUAACCGUGUACGGGAUGGCUGGCUGCGGAAAGUCUGUCUUGGCUGCAGAAGUACUUCGAGACCACAAAAUACUAACUGAAUGUUUUCCUGGAGGAGUUCACUGGGUCUCUGUUGGAAAGCAAGACAAAUCCGGACUCCUUAUGAAACUACAAAAUUUGUGCACCCGCCUAGAUCAGGAGGCCAAGUAUUCACAGAGACCUCCAUUAAAUGCUGAAGAAGCCAGGGAAAGACUGAGGUUGAUGGUGAAUCGAAUGUACCCUAGGUGCCUCAUAGUUUUGGAUGAUGUUUGGGAUUCCUGGGUACUCAAAGCUUUUGAUAUUCAGUGUCGAGUGCUCAUUACCAGCAGAGACAAGAGUGUGACUGAUUCACUUUCUGGUUUUAAAGAGGCUGUCCGUGUAGACAGUGAGCUUGAGCAUUCAAAAGGCCUUGAAAUCCUCUCACGCUUUCUGAGUUUAAAAGCAGAAGAACUGCCAUCCCAGGCCCAUAGCAUAAUUAAAGUAUCCAAAGGUUCUCCUCUUGUAGUAUCUCUGAUAGGAGCUCUGCUACGAGAAUUUCCCACCCGUUGGGAUUUCUACCUCACUCAGCUGAAGAGAAAGCAAUUUAAAAGAAUACGAAAGUCUUCCUCCUAUGAUUAUGAGGCUCUUGACGAAGCAAUGUCAAUAAGUGUGGAUAAUCUAAAAGAAGACUUUAGAGAGUACUACAAUGAUUUCUCCAUUAUAGAAAAGGACGUGAAAUUGCCCACACAGGUUUUAUGUAUCCUAUGGGACAUGGAACGUGAGGAUGUGGAAGACAUGAUGCAGGAGUUUGUCAACAAGUCCUUAAUAUACUGUGAUCGUAAUGGAAAGUCCUUUUCAUAUUAUUUACAUGAUCUCCAACUGGAUUAUCUCACAGAGAGGAACCGGGACAGACUGACCGUUCUUCACGCCAAACUUGUUGACCAAUAUAAAAAACAUUAUUCAAGUAAAUUACCUACUGUGGAGCAAGAGGAUUGUGUGUAUUGGUAUCAUUACCUAGCCUACCACAUGGCCAAGGCCAAUUUACACCAAGAUCUUUGCUCACUCUUGUUUUCCCUGAACUGGUUAAAAGCUAAAUCAGAAUUGUUUGGGACAUCCCACCUCAUUCAUGAAUUUGUACAGUAUCGAAAUAUUCUGGAUAAUCAGAAUGCAAAAGCACGAGAACAUUUUCAAGAAUUCAUUGCUGUGAAUGGUCAUCUUCUUGGAUUGAAUCCUGACAUUAGUAUUGUGCAGCUGGGCCUUGGUCAGGCUGAAGACUCUGAAGUCUACAAACAAGCUAUUUUGCAAGCCAAAGAAGAGCUCAAAUCUGGAGUGCUCUAUGUCAACUGGAUAAACAAGCAAAGGAUGAAGAAUCUGCCAACAUUGGUGGUUCGUCCACAUAAAGAUGCUGUUUUCCAUGCCUGCUUUUCUCCUGAUGGACGAAAAUUUGCUUCUUGUGGAGCUGAUAAAACUUUACAGGUCUUCAGAAGUGAAACAGGAGAGAAACUCCUUGAAUUAGAAGCACAUGAUGAUGAAGUGCUGUGUUGUGCAUUUUCUGCUGAUGAAAAGCUUCUAGCCACCUGUUCUGCAGACAGGAAAGUGAAGAUUUGGAAUGCCAAGACAGGAAAACCAAUAAGGGUGUAUGAGGAGCAUACAGAACAAGUCAACUGCUGCCAGUUCACCAAUGGACUUUCAGCACCACUGCUUGCCACAUGCUCCAAUGACUGCUUCAUCAUGCUGUGGGAUGAGACGGAAUAUAGCCGUAACACUCUUAUUGGACACACAGGCGCAGUCUACCAUUGCAGAUAUUCACCUGAUGAUCGAUAUCUAGCCAGUUCCUCUAUGGAUGGUUCAUUAAAGAUUUGGGAUGUGGAGUCUGCAAAUGAGGAGAAAUCAAUUGAAGUUGCAAAGCUUUUUGAAAAUGAAGAUGAGUCACAGCCUGAAGUGCUGCUUAAAUGUUGCGCUUGGUCAAAUGAUGGUUCAAGAAUUAUGGUAACCACUCGCAAUUUCCUUUGUAUUUUUGAUUCUACGAGCUGUGACCUUUUGUCUCAACUCAAGGCCUGUCAUCAGAUCCUUUACUGUGACUUCUGCACUACUAAUCAGAUUGUAGCGCUUGCUUUGUCACACUAUGUUGUUCAGCUGUGGGACAUAGAUUCGUCUACAAAGAUAGCUGACUUCAAUGCACACCUGAGCUGGGUUCACUGUGUGAAAUUUUCUCCAAAAAGUUCUUCAUUCCUGACAUCUUCUGAUGACCAGACUGUGAAGCUUUGGGAGACUAGUAAUGUGAGCAAACCAUCAGCCACUAACUUAAAGCGUGAGUUUGAUGUGUCCUUCAAUGGCGAGGAAACACUGGUUCUUGCAACUAGUAAAGAUGAUUGUAUACUGCUAAUUAAUGGAAUGACUGGAGAGACUUUAUCACAGAUCAACACACAGGACAAAUGUGUUACGUGCUGCUGUCUCACAAACGACUACCAACUAGCAGCUAUCGGAGAUAGAGAUGGUAAAGUAAAGGUUAUAGAUGUAUCCAGGGGUGAAAUCCUCUGUAAACUGGAUGGUCACAGUGCUACAGUCCAGCACUGCCAGUUCACUGCAGAUGGAAAACACCUUGUUUCAAGCUCAGAUGAUUCCACUAUUAGAGUCUGGAGCUUAGCAUCUGGAGAGAGUUUGGAAUUACGUGGGCACAAAGAACCUGUGAAAUGUUUCAAGAUUUUGCAAGAGUCACAAGUAUUUUCUUGGUCCUUUGAUGGAACAGUCAAGGUAUGGGACCUCAUCACUGGAAAGCUCAGAAAAGAGUUUAUUUGCCAUUCUGAGACAGUUCUAUCUUGUGAUAUUUCACCUGACUCCACCAAAUUUUCAACUGCCUCUGCUGAUAAAAGUGCCAAGAUAUGGAGCUUAGAUAUGUCUACCCUCCUCCAUGAAUUGAAUGGACACCAAAGCUGUGUACGAUGCUGUCGGUUUUCAUGGGACAACAAGUAUUUGGCAACUGGUGAUGACAACGGUAAAAUUAUGAUUUGGAGUGUGCAGAAUGGAGAGCUGCUGAAACAGUGUUGUGACAUAUCUGUCAAUAAUGAAAAUAGUCUGCAUGAUGGUUGGGUGACCGAUCUACACUUCUCUCCCAACAGCAAGCUAAUUGUAUCCUCUGGGGCAAAUGUCAAGUGGUGGGAUGUGGAUACUGGAGCCUGCAAACAGACAUUCUACACAGUUGGCACAAAUCUCAAAUCAAUCCACUUAUGUCCUACUUUUAGAACCUUUGUAACAAUUGACAAUCUGGGAAUUCUGUACGUGCUGAAGCUAAUAGAGUGAUAACGGCACAUGGUGUGCAUUAAAUAAACUGUGCCAUUAGGUUCCUUUGAUAAUCAGCCAUGUGCAACAUUAAAUAAACUGAGGAUAAACCUUGAGGAAUCUCUGCUUAGCACAGCUUUCAAAAUACAGCAUGCUGGGUUUUUCAAUUGCCAUUUAGUGGUAGGUGGAGCGGAGCAAAAUAGAAUGUCACUCCCAGUCAUUGUUUUUUUGCUUGUUUGAUUAUUAACCUACUGUAUUUCAGUUCGGUGACAGCAAAGAUUUUGUAACCUGGAUGAAAGCCAUUUAUUGCCUGGUGCUAUCUUAUUUCUUGAUACUUGAAUGUAUCGCCUAUAUCAGGGAUGUCAACCUGUAGCACUCAAGCUGUUGUUUAAAAAGCAGCUGGAGGAUUCCUGAAACAGACAGCCUGAUCAACAUUAAAAAUUAUGAUUAAACACAGCAAUGACGUAAUUGUAUCAUAAUAUAAAGGGGUGCUUUAAGAGACGCUGAUAGAUUCCUAUGGUGAUCCAUAGGAACAUGUCAGUAUUACUAAAGAGUUGUGGAAUAAAAAUCUUUAGGGGACUUUAGCCUAUACUGAUUUUUUGUGCUGCAACUCUUUUGUAAUACUGACUUGAAUUUUCAUAGGACUGUGUCAAUAUUCUGUGAAAUGCCUAUUUUACAUAAAUGUUGCUGAAAAUCCUUCUAAAACCAAUGGAAAGAUAUAUAUAUACAAACAAAAACAAUCAAUGAGUACCUUUCUAUCAAAGUAAACCAUUCUACAUUUCAUUACUCCUGAAGUGGUUGCCCACUGCAACAAUUACACGCAUGACAUUUAGAGUCACAUUUAUCAAGGGUCGGAUUUCGAAUUAAUGUGAAUUUUUUAAAAACUCCCAUAAAUUUGACCAAUAUAAAAUCGAAUUUUCUCAGCUCGGACGAAUUGAAUCGACUCAAAUUCAAUUAGAAUUUGAAAAACUCGAUUCAUUCAAAAUUGGAAUGUCAGGAAUGCAGCAAACAUCACCAAAUUGAUCCCUGGACCUCUCCCAUUGACUUAUACAGUAAUUUGGCAGGUGGUAGGUGGUGAAUAGUCUAAUUCUAGUUCUUAAAGAUAAAUCUCCAAUUCAAAUAAAAACUCGACUUGAGUUUGGAUAAUUCACAAUUCGAAUUAGAGUUUUGACCAAAACAAAAUUUAGAAUUUUCACUUUGACCCUUAAUAAAUCUUCCCCUUAAUCUUUUGUCUGCUAAGGAUGCCAGCGUUGCUCCUAUGUUUCUGGGUUUAAGGUUGUACUAUGGGAAUAACCUGUUGCCUAGGUCUCGGAACACCCUUAACACACCCGUUUUUAGAGGCAGGCAAAGGGUUAAACCACCUCAACUUGUGUACAUCUCAUUUCGUGUUUGGGGAUCAUUUGGCAUGCUACCUAGAUAAAAUAAUGAAAUAAUCCAGGGAAGGCACAAUAAUUAAUUUGCAAGCACCUACUGCCUUAAUGGAUGCCAAUACAAUUAAGAUUCCGGUAUUUAUAGACUACUGUGAAGCACUUAAAACCAUUUUCUAUGGAUAAUGUAUUUUCUAUUUUUUUCUAAUGUGCCUACAUUCCUGAAUAAAUGAACUUCUUCUGUG